GUUACCUAAAAACCCCUCAUGAACAACAGGGCUCCGAUCAGGAAACACCCCACAAGGGGGAGACAGAAUAUUGUACAAAAUCCAAUUUGGGCUGGGAAAUGGGCACGUUUUCUGAGAAGUGUAAAAUACUGCCCUAUAUAAGUCCCUAUAUAAAAACGUAAUUUUAACUGUUUUAUUAAGGAAUUGGCUUUUUACAGUUUUCUCCACAACUGUAUUUCUCUGUUUAUUUUUAUCGGCCAUGUUUAUUCUUAUAGCCAUUUUAAGUGAAUUUGUCCAUAAUUACAUUUAUCUACCUCUAAAACAUGUAUACGCAGGGUUGUACUACUUAAAACUAAGAUAAAAGCUGACUGAAAGUGAUAUUUCCUUAUUUGGAAAAUGUAGAUUGCGUAACGAUGUGUGACGUCAGAGCAGUCACAAGACCUUGCUCGCAGUGUGUGAGUGUGUGAGGCCACAGUGCAGCUGGUCCACACUUUGUUAUGUAGUGUCUCACAGAGCUGACACUAUGGCCGCGGAGAACCAGCACUUACGCGUCUUUUGGAGCAGAAGAGGGGACUGUCUUCUGUGAUCCUUCUCAGAUACCACAAAGCUACCAGGGUCUGUGCUAACACCAGCGGAAGGCAUUGUGUAUGCGUGCUGUUGUUGUCGGCUUCAGUGUCUGGCUAGCUCAGCCGCACACCUCCAGUCUCGUUAGCAACUUAGCAAGGCAACAUUGUGUGCUUCCAUCGCCGCUAAGCUAGCAGGACUGCUAGCUUGGCCGGUGUGUUUGGUGGGAGCUGGUGUGUAGGUGAUGUUGUCCGUGCUGUCCUACGGUAGACUGGUUGCCAGAGCUGUCAUCGGCGGACUUUCUCAGACAGACGGCCGCGACUACAGCCUGGUGACAGCGAGCUGUGGCUUCGGCAAGGAUUUCCGUAAAGGCAUCCUGAAGAAAGGGAUGUGUUAUGGAGACGACGCGUGCUUCAUCGCCCGACACAGAUCCGCUGAUGUUUUGGGUGUUGCAGAUGGAGUAGGUGGCUGGCGGGACUAUGGAGUAGAUCCAUCGCAGUUUUCAGGUACACUGAUGAAGACAUGUGAGAGGCUGGUAAAAGAAGGACGCUUUGUCCCCAGCAACCCAGUGGGUGUCCUCACCACCAGCUACUACGAGCUGCUGCAGAACAAAGUGCCACUGCUGGGCAGCAGCACGGCUUGUAUUGUGGUUUUGGAUCGGCAAAGUCACCGGCUGCACACAGCUAACCUGGGAGACUCAGGGUUCUUGGUCGUCCGGGGAGGUGAGGUGGUCCACCGCUCAGACGAACAGCAGCACUACUUCAACACACCCUUCCAGCUGUCCAUCGCUCCCCCGGGGGCCGAAGGAGCCGUCCUCAGUGACAGCCCUGACGCAGCAGACAGCUCUUCCUUCGACGUCCAGCUGGGUGACAUCAUCCUCACCGCCACCGAUGGGCUCUUCGACAACAUGCCUGACUACAUGAUCCUGCAAGAGCUGAAGAAACUCAAGAACACAAACUAUGAGAGCAUCCAGCAGACUGCCCGGAGCAUCGCAGAGCAGGCCCACGUACUGGCAUAUGACCCAAACUACAUGUCGCCUUUUGCACAGUUUGCCUGUGACAACGGACUGAAUGUAAGAGGAGGAAAGCCAGAUGACAUCACAGUGCUGCUGUCUAUAGUGGCUGAAUACACAGACUAGUCUGUGUGGAGCUGUGAUUGGGGGACAUCUGUCUCUGCAGGUGAUGGACUGCUUUGAUUCCUGCUGGCCAGGAUGAAGGACUGAUGUCAGAUGCUUCCCCCGAAUGCACUGGCUCUACUCUGCCUCAUCCCCCAGCUGACAUCACCCCUUUCUCCCCCCCCAAUAAACCCCUACAUGCCCACUUCUCUGUGAUUGUGUACAUCAGAGAGUGGCUGAAUAAAGGGGACUAGAGGCCUGACACGUCCUCUUGGCCAGGCUGCAGUUUUGGCAUCACUGCAGUGUCCCAGUGCUCACUGGAUAAUCCCAUUGCCAGGGAUAAGCCGUCAUUGGGCCCGUUGGAGAUGAGGAUCCUGUCUGACUAGGAUAAGUCGUCUUUCUCUGAUGGGUGGCCCGGGCAGGGAGGAAGUUGAGAUUCAGAGGCAGAUGUAGCCAGACGGUAGGUGUUAGACUGUAAAAGCCACCCCAUGCUGGGCAGCUGGAAGGGAGAGAUUUAGUCCAUCAGUGGUGUCAAGAGGGGAACUGCGCACGAGAUGGCAGCAUUAAGACUCAAUAAAUGAGCUGCCUUGUGUAAGCAAAUGUUCCGUCAAAGGGCCUGGAACCUUGUGUGUGGGUGCAGGGUGCAUACAUAUGAUAGUAGGAUAUGACCGGUGUGCUGUUCUGGGAUGUUUUGUUAAUAUUUGCAAAAAAUUUGUAUGUGACAUUUAUACAUCUGUGGCUAGUUUCUUGGCAAGGUGAUCCAAUAAGAUUUCAUGAAGAAGAGCAGCAGCUGCCUUUUCCAUGCCAGUGCAGUCCACAUUUUGUUACUUCAUGGCUGUUCAGAGAAUUUCUGUUCAAAAGCCUUGCCAGAUAAAUAAUGUGUCAAACUGAUGUCCCCCUUUAAUCUCACAGCUGCUGCUGAAGUCUUGAUUGUGAUUACAUGUGAUGCGUCUAUGAAUAUGUGUAUGUGGGAUGAAUGCACACACGUGCUUGUCAGUGUGUCUACUGGUAUGUGUUAUUUGUGUCUAUGAAAUGGAUGUGAAGGCUACGGACUUCUUUAUUUCCACUGGGCUGAAUUGAUGUCGCAGCCUUAAACGCACAAAGCUUAAGAAACAUAUCUGAAAAAGCUCAACACAGUGGAAACUGGUCAGGUGACCAAAUGUAUUUUUGUAACGUCUUCGUUCAGCAGGAUUGUCAUUCUUUGGACUGAUCACCACAUCAGAGUAGCUUUAGAAACAGUUGUUCACAAUCAGCGUUUCCUUUUCCUCUCUCUCCCUCUCUCCUGCUGUAGAGCUCCAAUGGCACAUUCAUAAGUCAGGUUACUGGAGGUUACACGUGAAAAUGGUCAUUAUGUUUCCAUGACAUCACAACAGAUUUGCACUCUGCAUUUACCACAACUCAUACCCUCAGUUUAAAAUAUUUCUUAGAAAAAAUCCAUAUUUUGUGUAAUGUUCUAAUGAUGUGCCUUGUAUCAGGUGUCGUUGAUACUGGCAGACAUCCAUAAUUCCUUAAACCCCAGGUGCUGAGCACAGAGCCUGAAACUGUUUAGUAGCCAUAAGAGUCGAAACAGCUUUCCCAUCAUGCCCUGCUGUCUUAACAUUAGAUAUUUUCACCCCCAGUAUGUGUCCAACCUAUUUUUUUUCUCCUGAAAUCUGCUUCUCUACACUCAGUCAGGAGCGUAGGAAUAGUAAUAAAGCCAUCACAUGCGUACAAAAUCCUCCCUGUGGAUCUACAGAUCACUGUUUACAAUCUGCACUAUCUAAUAGACUGUUUCCCUGCUUAAUCUGACAAGUUCCCACUGGGCAACUGCAGCGUCAAGUGUCAUUUUGAAAUGGGGCUGAUGGGCAUGGAAGACCAGUAAAUGGUCAAAAGCACUGAGGACAAUCUAAGCAGCCUUAACAAGAUUACAAAGCAAUUCUCCCUGUCAGAUGCUACAGCCACUGUUAGCUCUGUGGCUCCUGCUGCCUGACUCGUACCUGCCCUGACACUCUUCCCUGUCAUCUUUCAUCUUCCAAACCCUUUGUUACAACCAGAGCAUGUGUCUGUAUAUAUUUUGGGUGUACAGUUCAAUGAAGAUUGAAGCUCUGUAAAAACAUUUUCAAAUCUGUACAAUAUUUAAAUAAAGAAUAUAGUAUUUAUUA